AGCUCUAUUGGCCAAGUCACAGAAGGGGGAGACAGACGGGGAAAAUUCCUCCGUGGCGCUCAGAUUUCGCCAAUCUAAUUUUCCUCUCCUCCUUUGUCUCAGUCGGAACAGUGCCGUUUCCCCUCUGCCUUUGGGUCAUCACCCGCUAACAUGAUGUUUCGAAGUGUCCUUUUGUGUCUACUAGUCGCAGUCGUUUGCUGUCAUGCCGAGGAGGGGAAGAGCAAGUCCAGGGUGUGUGCCAAUGUAUUCUGUGGGGCUGGCAGGGAGUGUGCUGUGACAGAGAAAGGGGAACCUUCCUGCCUGUGCAUCGAGCAAUGUAAACCUCACAAGCGCUCUGUGUGUGGCAGUAAUGGUAAGACGUACCGCAACCACUGUGAGCUCCACCGCGACGCCUGCCUGACCGGCCUAAAGAUCCAGGUGUACCACGACGGACACUGUGAAGAGAAAAAGACAGACAAAGCUGUUGCUGCUAGCCCAAUCGUGUGCUACCUGGCCAACAGGAAUGAGUUGCGCAGCCGGGUCAUCCAGUGGCUGCAGAAUGAGGUGGUCCCUGACGGCUGGUUUGCCAAGGGCUCCAACUUCUCCAACAUCCUGCUCAAGUACUUUAAGGACUAUGACAAUGGAGACUCCCAGCUGGAUUCCACUGAGUUCCUUAAGUUCCUCCAGCACAACGAAACAGCCAUCAACAUUACGUCAUAUGCUGACGAGGAGAACAACCGCCUGCUCAGGAGCCUGUGUGUGGAUGCCCUCAUCGAGCUCUCAGAUGAGAACACGGACUGGAAGUUGAGCUUCGAUGAGUUCCUAAACUGCUUCAAGCCUGGCUUCAACCCACCAGAGAGAAAGUGUGCCCUGGAGGAUGAGACCUAUGAGGACGGGGCAGAGACUCAGGUGGAGUGUAACCGCUGUGUCUGUGCCUGUGGGAACUGGGUCUGCACAGCUGUGACCUGUGAAGAUAAGGUGCCUGCUGUGGAGAAGACUGAAGGUGCUGACCAGGAGAUGACAGAGGAGGAGUGGACACGGCGAGUGGCUGAGCUCAAUAAACAUCAGGAAAGUGUGGAGAAGAUGAAAGUGAGCACUAAGGACAUUUGAGAGAGAGAGAGAGAGAGAGAGAGCCCUCUUUCAGUCCCACCAUCAACAAUCACUAUCUGGCUGAAGCUUUGGAGCUUGUACUGUUGCUAAAGGAAUACAUCACUAUUGUUUUUAGAUUUUAAAAUGUUAAUUAUUAUGAUUUUUUUUAAACUGUACCAAUGUCUAUUGUAAUAUGAUUGUGUAUAGGGGAGACUAGUUGAAUUGUGUGUACCGUACCAUCAAACACAGUCCUGUUAUCCUAUUUGAGUAACACUCCGAAGACUUGGUAAGAAUCCAUGUCACCUAGUGGUGGGGUAAUAUUUGUAUUCAUUUGAGUUAAUUUGUUGUUUUUGUUUUCUGUCAGUCAAAUUAGCUCAUCUAUAGAAAAGAGAAGAGUGUGUGAAUUGGACAUAAUAAGGAAAGCACAAGUUGUAAGAACUACUGUUAAAAGAAAAAUUACUUCACAGUUGCCACGUCACAUACCCAACCACAUCACAGAGGGUUGAGAUAAGCAAUUCGGCGAGAAAGCAUAAUCAGAUGCAUUGACCUUACAGGGUUGCUCUUCCAGACACCUGGGUAUUUUAUUGGGCCAGUAAAUCACAUGAAGGAUGAACACAUGGCUGAGUUGUAAAUGUACCUGAAUACCAUUGUAAAUCCAUCAACAGUGUGAUUACACUUGCCUGGCAGUGUUACUACUCAUAUCAUAUCUGUAAUAUAUACAGUAAAAACCCAUUGACCCAUAACAUCUGAUGGUGCCAGGGUUCAAUCUGUUAGGAAAAGGGAAAUUAAGAAAGUCCACACUCAGUCUUAGACAAGAACUUGUAUUCCAGCUCUAUUUUCUGAGGUAGCCUAGUGGUUAGAGCGUUGGACUAGUAACCGGAAGGUUGCAAGUUCAAAACCCCCUAGCUGACAAGGUACAACAUCUGUUGUUCUGCCCCUGAACAGGCAGUUAACCCACUGUUCCUAGGCCGUCAUUGAAAAUAAGAAUUUGUUCUUAACUGACUUGCCUAGUUAAAUAAAGGUCAAAAAAAUAAAAAAUGAUAGGGUUCAAUCUGUAGGCUGCAUGUUCACACUGAUGGGGUAAUGCUGUCCAUCUGUUUACAAAUGGCUUUUCUAUCAACGGGGUUGUAAGAGUUAUUACUCCAUAAAAUGAAUCGAAUGCCAAAGCACUAGCCUGGAUACGGAUUUGGAUUGUGAAGUGAAACUGAAGAAUUCAGUAUGGAUCCAGGCUACCAAAACACAUAGAUGGUGUUUGUUUGAAUCACUGUAGUGACAGUACUGUAUUGCUAGGAGAGUUCGUGAUAACGUUUGAGUCUCCUUCUCAAACCCGGGGGGGGGGGGGGGGGGGGGGGUAUUUCAAGGAUGCUGCAGAUGUGAGCAAACUAGAAAAAUAUGUUGAUGUAGUGGAUGAAGUGUGUGGAUUUGUAAUGAACAGGAUAAUAGUACUUGAUUACACUCCAGUGCUAUGGGUCACUCUUACUCAUUUGAAAUACACGAUUGUGUGGUCCGUCUGAGACAUACAUCGUCUGUGCAUGCUUUGCCAACAGUACUGCAAUUCAUUUGAUCGUUGAUGUGUCUUUUGGGGAGCUGAUGCACGGCGGUCUCUCGGGAUAUAGGUGCUUUGGUUGGAUGACUUUGUUCGGGCACAAGGAUUGGGAAAAACAACUUCUACAAAACAUGUUUGAUGGCAUAACUGAAACCAAAGUUCAAAUGCAAGAUACCUGAGGUACGGUAUGUGUAGUAACCUUUAGAAAGUAAGUGCCUUACAUUUUCACUAAGACCUCGGGACGUCUGUCACUAUGAAACCAUGCCAAAUGUAUGGUCUAAUUGAAGUUAGUAACCUGUGUUUCUUUUGUUUGUUAUGUGCUAUUGUCUCACUUUUAGAAUAAUACCAGCUCACUUUGUUUGCUUCGUUACAGGAGACUUUUCAUUAAACAUUUACUCCCUGUUGAUUAUUAAGACUACUGUAUUGUCAAACAGUUAUGCAAGCAUUAUACAUGUCAAUAAACACAUUUAAUAGACGUA